AUGGAAUUAAACAGCGAAAUAGAAGAAGACUUGCGUCGUUUAAACAAUUCAACAUCUAUUGCCGAUAACCAAUACGAAGAAUUAAUUGAUAAGAUUUUUUCAAUAUUUACAUCGGCAAAUUCUAAUAUUGAAUUUUCGACUUCAUUUGAUAGACGUCUUGUAUCAUCUAUACUAACAUUUAUAUUCGAAUGCGUUAAAUAUGAUUUUGAUGAAACAUCGAUUCGUUCGAAAUUAGACGAUUUACAAUUUACAAAUAAAAUUCGUCAAGAUCGAUUUUUAAAUCAAUUCAAUAAAAAUCUACCAGUGAUUCAAUUAUAUCUUAAACAAAAAUCCAUCGAACACGAUCGUUUAUUAGACGUAAAUUGGCGGUUAGAUUUACAAUUGAAAACAAAUUAUACUGAUAAACUAUUACAACCGAUUUAUAUUCUCGAUUGGACUAAACGAGAAAAAUAUACAACUAAAAUCGAUCAUAUUCAAUUCAGUUGUUCACAAGAAAGUUUACAAGAGCUUUUAGAAAAAUUAAAAGAUGCUCAAAGUGUUCUUCAUCAAAUGCAAUAUCAGCAACAAACUAAAAAAUGA